GAGGAGGUUUCCCGCAGAUCAUUGAGGACGCGCAGAGGAGCGUUUAGACACCAAGCGAAGAGUCACAGGGAUGCACUUUUAGCCCCAAAUACACCUCUGUUUUCACGCUUCAUCUGUGGACUCAACACUUGGACACUUUCCCCGUCUUCAAACCCAACUUUAGUGGAUUAAUUAUUUAAAAAAUGCGCUUGGAACGGUUCCGCGUAAAGACGCCGGGGACUGGAGCCAUGCUCGCCCGCUGCCUGCUCUCUUUCUGCGGGCUUCUGCUCUCUGUUUCCCGGCCCGGGGAGGCGUUCAACCUGGAUGUGGAGAACCCGGCUGUGUACACCGGACCAAAUGGGAGCUACUUCGGAUACUCUGUGGACUUUUAUUUGGCUGAUUCUGCCAGUGUAAGCGUGGUGAUCGGAGCUCCGAAGGCCAACACAACGCAGUUCAACGUCACCGAGGGAGGGUCCGUCUUCUACUGUCCCUGGAGCAUCGGCCAAUCAGACUGCCACUCCAUCGACUUUGAUAGUAAAGGUGAUCGCACCGCGUUGCUGAACAACACUGAACAUCAGAUCGAUUUUAAGUCCCACCAGUGGUUCGGAGCCACUGUUCGUUCUCACGGAGACACCAUCCUGGCCUGUGCCCCUCUCUACUCCUGAGGACGGAAAAAGAUUACCCCCCGUUCUGACGCCACAGGAACCUGCUACCACUCUCAGUGCAAAACUUCACCAAAUUUGUUGGAAUUUGCACCCUGCCGCACAGAGAUCAGUGACGCGGUGGGACAGGGUUACUGUCAGGGCGGCUUCAGUGCUGACUUCACCACGGAUGGCAAAGUGGUAUUAGGAGGGCCCGGCAGCUACUUCUGGCAGGGUCAGGUGAUCUCUGCAGCUAAAGAGGACAUUAUCAAAGCGUAUUACCCUGGGUAUUUCAUGCAGUCUGUGGAGGGCCAGAAGCAGACCAGACAGGUGAUGUCCGAGCACGACGACAGCUACCAAGGCUACUCUAUCGCUGUUGGGGAAUUCAGCGGUGAUCAGGUGGAAGAUUUCGUGGCCGGCGUUCCAAAAGGACUCAAGCUUUAUGGAUUGGUGUCGAUUCUGAACGGUACCGAUCUGAAGACCAUCAUGAACUUCACAGGCGAACAGAUUGGAUCAUAUUUUGGGUACACAGUGGCAACGACGGAUCUCAACAGUGAUGGUUUGACUGACCUGCUGGUUGGCGCUCCCAUGUUCAUGAUGCGAGGGUCCGAUGGUCGUCUGGAGGAAAUGGGCCGGGUCUAUGUUUACCUGCAGAGAGACCCCCUGCAGAGAGACGCCCAGCAGCUGGAGCUCCUCCUCCCUCACCUGACCGGAUCCCAGGUGAUGGGGAGGUUCGGCAGCACCAUCGCACCUUUGGGAGAUCUGAACCAGGACGGCUUCAAUGACGUGGCCAUCAGCUGUCCGUUUGGCGGGGAGGACCAGCAGGGUUUGGUCUACAUCUUUAACGGUUUCUCCGAGGGUCUGAAGGAGAAACCCUCUCAGGUGAUCUCGGGUCAGUGGGCUGCAGGAUCGGUUCCUGCCAGCUUCGGGUUCUCCCUCCGAGGAAAUAAAGACCUGGACAUGAACGGAUACCCAGAUCUCAUUGUCGGUGCCUUUGGUGUCAAUAAGGCGGUUCUCUACAGAUCCCGCCCCAUCGUGAACACCAGCGCCUCUCUGACCGUUUCCCCCACCAUGAUCAACCCGGAGGAGAAGAACUGCAUCGUCACGAGUGGAAACAGCAGCGUUCCCGUUUCCUGCGUCAACCUGAGUUUCUGCAUAUCUGCGGAGGGGAAGCACCUACCAGACGUUCUAGAUUUCCAGGUGGAAGUGCAGCUGGACAGCAAUAAGCACAAGCAGAAAGGAGCCGUGAGGAGGGCUCUGUUCCUCGACUCCCAGCUGCCUUCGCUACAGAGGAGUGUGAGGGUGCGACAUGGCGAGCGUGUGUGCAACAACACCAAGAUCUACCUGAGAGAUGAGAAAGACUUCAGGGAUAAACUCUCUUCCAUUUACGUGGCCUUGAACUUCAGCUUGGAUCCGAAAGCAGCGGCAGACUCCCACGGUCUGCGGCCCAUCCUCAACUAUCAGACCACCAACGUGAUCGAGCAGAAGGCUCAGAUCCUGCUGGACUGUGGCGAGGACAACAUCUGCGUCCCCGACCUGAAGCUGGCCGUUCAGGGGAACAGGAAGGAAGUGUACCUGGGUGACGACAACUCGCUGACCUUGACUUUCAACGCCAGGAAUGAGGGUGAGGGGGGUGCGUACGAGGCGGAGCUAUACGUGGUGCUGCCCCCCGAGGCCGACUACAGCGGCAUCGCCAGGAAUAAUGAGAGCCUGACCCAGCUGACCUGCAGCUAUGAGACGGAGAACCAGACCCGGUACCUCAGCUGUGAUCUGGGAAACCCCAUGAAGUCUGGCACCAGUCUGUGGGCAGGUCUGCGCUUCACGGUGCCGCGGCUGAAGGACACACACAAAACGGUCCAGUUUGAGAUGCAGAUCCGCAGUAAAAACGAAAAUAACUCCCACAGUGAGGUUGUGCCAUAUAAACUGGAGGUGGAGGUUCAGGCUGACGUCAUUCUGCAGGGCGUUUCCCGGCCAGAUAAGGUCUUCUUCCCGCCGGUCAACUGGAAGCUGACCAAGAACUACGAGGUGGAGCAGGACGUGGGGCCGCCAGUGGAGCACAUCUUUGAGCUGGUGAACAACGGGCCGAGCCGGAUCAGCCACACUCUGCUGGAGCUGCGCUGUCCAUUCAGAAUCCAGGGCCAGACGCUGCUCUACCCCCUCAGCUUCUCCACCGAGGGACCCAUCAACUGCACCGCCGACAAGCACAUGAACCACCAACGCCUCAAGCUCCAGCGCACUUCAACAGAACCUCCUAUCCUGGCCCUGAAGGCACCGGAGCACCACGUCGAGAGGAGGGACGUCAACAAGAACCAACUCGCGCAUUUAACUAACCUGUCCUGCUCGAACACCGAGUGCUGGGCGCUGCAAUGCACUGUGGGUAUUCUGGAGAAGGGAACCACCGCCAUCCUCAAAGUGCGAUCUAGAGUCUGGGCCGAGACGUUCACUGAGAGAGCGUACAAACACUACGUGCUGGAGUGUCUCGCCCAAUACAGCGUGGAGAAGAUGCCGUACGCCAUCGCCCCGAAACACGCGCCCAGCGGACACAAAAAGGUUGUGACCCCGCUGCUUUGGAAUAAGCCGGACAUAGAGAACUCGGUUCCUCUGUGGAUCAUCAUCCUGGCCAUUUUAGCAGGUUUACUGCUGCUGGCUCUGCUCAUCUACGUCCUGUACAAGUUGGGCUUCUUUAAGCGCUCUCUCCCGUACGGCACGGCGAUGGAGAAGGCUCAGCUGAAGCCUCAGGCUGCGUCCGAGGCGUAACGCCGAACCACAGGAACCACAGGAACCGGCCGUAUGAUUGCAACGAGAAACACGAUGAAGAGUGGAUCAGAAAGAGAUUUAAGAGACACCACUGGAAACUCCACUGUGCUGCACUACAGGAACAACCCAAAGAUCUCCAAAGCCAAAUGAAUGUUUUUAUUUCUUUUUUAACUUAUGUCGGCAGAACUGUUUCUCACUGAGACUGAACGGCAGCAAGGCGACUGCAGAGAGAUGCUUUUACUCUGGUGCUAAUGGUCUCACAGGUUACAUGCAGCAGGAGCUGUGAAUUACGCCGCGUGCAGAGACCCUGAAGUAUCCUUCUGGUAUCUCCAGAACACGUGGUUUUUACAGAAGGAUGAUCGGAUUGUUUUCAGGUGAAAAAGUCGACAUUACUGGCCUACACGUCGGACCUGAAUCUGUUCAAUUGCUCGGCUUUUAUCACAUUUUUCCAAGAAGCAUCGGUUCUUUAACGGCUGGAGGACGGCGCUGCGUCGAGAAAUCUACUGAUUCAUUCCAGAGAAACCUUCCUUUGAGAGUUUAGCUCACAGCAGGAAGAAGAGAGGAUAUGUGCAGGAAGUGACGCUGAGGUGAAGCACGAGGGGGGGGGGGGAUGUCUCCACCCGAAGACAAUCAGCGAUGUUGUAGCUCGUUGCAGACAGAUUUAGUUUAAGGGUCUGUGUUCACAUAACGCCUUUUUCUGCGUCAUCUCAUCCACAGUUCAAAUCAAAUCAAGUUUUAUUUAUAUAGCACAUUUAUAAACGAUUUUUGUUCGAGCCAAAGUG